AUGUUUCAACAUUUAAAUAUCAUUGCUACUACUCAACAACUACAACAUAAUACUCCAACAAUGUUACUUUCUCAAUAUCAGACUUAUCAAUUAUUUAUUAAUCAAUUAAUAUCGAUUUUUGCAUCAUUUGAAUCAUUAUUAUGUAAAGUUAGUAAUCGAAUUAUAUUUAUUAUUUGGUUCCCAAUAAUUUUGUUUUUCAUAUUUGAUAUUGUUAGUUGCUUAAGUGUGAAAUUAUUAUUAAAUUAUAAUCUUCUUGAUAAUGGUGGUGCCACAACAGCAACUCAUCACGCAUCUAAUGCUGCUGGUGUGACUACUCAUAGGGGACUUUCAUAG